CUGGGAAGCAUGGCCGCAGAUGCUGAUUGUUGUCCCUUGAAUGCUUCCACUACUGCUUCUUCUGAGCAUUUUCGCCCUUCUCUGGAGCGAGCAUGGCGUGCGCGGCUUCUGGACCCCACCGACAAAGGGCAUUGCAACACUGACGCACUAUGACCUGCCCGCCGAUUACAUUGCUUCUUGCGGUUGCGUCGGCCGAUCGACUCGCUACCCCACAGCGGCCAUCAAUGCGCUGGCUUACGGAGGGACGACGUCCUUUGCGCCAUCGUGUGGUGCCUGCUACUCUCUAAGUCUUCUGAACACGUCCUAUUCGCCCCCACCUCCGGACGGAGAUGGUAUAGUGUAUGCUCCUGGCGAUUCCAAGGCGCCGACGGUCGUCGUCAAGAUCACGGACUUGUGCCCUUUGGCACCCGGCUGGUGCAACGCAACGGAGACCAAGGGCAACACGCUCGGGAGCCUGGUCCACUUUGAUCUCGCAUGGCCUUCCAAGGGAAUCAGCAAGGACUUUUUCCCCGGCGACCACGAUUACGGCGUCUGGUGGUCUAGCUACGAACGCGUCGACUGCAAGCAGUGGGCCGGUUACAAUGACAGAGAGGCAGUGGGAAGCGAUUGGCAACAGCAAGACAGCGCCUGUUGUCCUUCCGAUCCAGCCUUUAGCUCCCUGGACAGUGUCGCUUCCAUUUCUUCGACAGCCUCGGCUUCUUCUUCAACUUCAGCUUCUUUGCUCUCGUCGUCUUCAUUGUCAUCAUCUCCCUCGACGUCAUCUUCGCCCUCGUCGCUCUUGUCUUCCUCAUCGUCGUCGUCGUCGUCUUCGAAUUCGAGAGCGUCGAGAACGUCAAUAUCAAGCUCUCAUGUGCCUCGGUCCCUGGCGCAAUGCCCUGUCUCACGUCGUCGAAGGUCUGCAAUUAAUUUGCAAUCUCGGGAUGUCGCAAGCGCAUUGGACCCUCAGUCACAAACGUGUCCAUCCUACUCGGAAGUCCUCCAGGCGGGUCAGUCGCUUGCGGGCCUCGUGCCCAACACGUCCAAUAUCCUGAGCAAAAAGGACGACCACAGCAACGCUGCAAUGAGCAACAAUUUACAUCGUCAGUCCAUGGAUCUCGGUCAGUGGAUCAGCUGGCUCCUGGCGUCCAAUCCUCCCAGCAAGAUACACCAAGGUCGCAGACGAGCAAGCAGACGCGAAAGAGAAGCGUAUGGCGCGAAAAGGAGAUGUACAAAGAACCCGACGGCACCACAGAAGGACGAGGAGUUUUACGGAGACCCACCUCUAUUGAAGAGAAGAGAUCUCUAACGAUUACAUGCAGUGCAGUAGUAGAACAGCACGGUACAUCACUUAGAUUUCGGCUUUCAAGACUUGUCCCGUACCUCGUAAGCCACCUCAUUCAUACCCAAGCCAAUUAUCGCAUAUCAGAGAUCAAUGCAGUACUUAGCAAGCC